GUCUCGUUCAUAUCAGAUCUUCCCCUUGCGAGAUCCCUUGCGGCGAAAUUCUCGGGAAUAUUACCUCCGAACAUGGACGAUCAUCAGCCGACGACUCCCACCGUACAACAUUCAACCUGGAUAGCCCGUCGCAGGCGAAAACCCCUCUCUUGUACACUCUGUCGCCAACGAAAGCUGAGCUGCGACCGAGAGCGCCCAGCUUGUAGUCGGUGUCGAAAUGCUGGACGCAGUGACUCAUGUACAUAUGGAGAGAGGCUUCUGAAUACAAGCAGAAAGGAACGUUCAAGGUCGGGGAUAAGCGAAGAACCGCGGCUGGAACCUCCGUCUCCGAUUCGCGGUGACAUCCCUUCUUCCUCUGCUCAACCCCUAUCAGCCGUCGUGGAUGAGAAUAUAUUGCCUUUACCAGCUCCAAGUCCAACGCGAAACAAUCUUUCAUGGGGGCUUCCGGCUGCUCAUGUCACGGGGCCCGUUGUGGGUUCAGCGCGGCCGGCCAUUAAAGCCGACCUCACGAAGUUAAGCAGCCCCGGAGAGCCGAAAUCCACCGAGGCGGUCAUUUUCCGGGGACAGAAUUAUACGACUCAGUACUAUGGGAGUACUAAUCCAACCAGCUUGAUCGGACAUUUUCCCGAGCUCCGGUCUUAUAUGCGAGAGAGUAUCACGCAUCACCAUUCCCUUGCUAGUGUUCAAAAGGAGCUGAAGGAAAUAGAUGUCGGGUGGAUGCUUGAAAAACGUAAGUUUCCGUCGAUGAAAGAUGCGGAGCUGCACCUCGUGCUGCCGGACCAAUCAUUCAUGGAUGAGGCCAUUGGGCUUUAUUUCAAGACGUUUGAAACCACAUAUAGAAUAGUGCACAGACCGACGUUUCAAGCGGAAUACGACCGACUGAGGAAAGAUCCAAAAGACGCGAAACCUGCACUUAUAAUCCUUAUCCUAUUGAUGAUGGCGACAGUCAGCGCCGUGCUUGAAACUGAUCGAACCUAUAUUGGCAGUGCCAGUCUCGGUCGGGAGCGUGGUACGCUAUGGAUUGAAACUGCAGAGAAGUGGCUACGCCACCAAAGCAAAAAAAACAUAUACUUGGCAAUUUGGCAGAUCCGAUGUCUAUUAGUCGUGGCGAAACAAAUGAACCGUUACAAGAAGAAACAGAUGUGGUCGGUUGCCGGUGAAUUAGUGAGAGACGGUAUGGCAGCAGGUUUCCAUCGUGACCCUGGACACAAGGUCCGAUCGCCCUUUGACCAAGAGAUGAGGCGACGACUAUGGGCCACAAUGAUCGAAUUGGAACUACAGGCGUCUAUUGAUCGAGGCAUGCCAUCAGCUUUAGCCGCCAUUCGCAUGGACUGUGCCCCACCGCUUGAUGUCGACGAUGAAGAUCUGAUGCCCGAUUUCGAGCGGGCCCCAGUACCGCGAACCUCCGGGGAACAUACAGCCACAUCUUUUCUAUGCUUGGCUCGGCAGAGCUUUGACUUACGAGUCCGUCUCAACUCGCGCUUGAAUGAUUUGGAUGUGAGCCUGUCAUACGAGGAAGUGACGAGGUACGAAGAGAUGGUCCUGGCAGAACUCAAUAAACUCCCCCGACCGACCGAAGUCAGCAAUGCCUCGUCCGCCAGGAAAAUGACCGGACUAGCGAGGACCGUUUUAGACCUCCAGCUUCGACAGUUUCUGAUAUCGCUGCAUGCCCCGUUUGCGAGACAGGCUGAAAGUAAUUCACGAUAUACAGUAUCACGAAUGGUCUGUUUCAAUGCAGCUGCCAGCCUGAUUGAGCAGCAUUUGACCCUUCUUAAAAACAAAAAUCCCAUUCUUCUGCUGUUCAGAAAUGACUAUUUCCGGGCUGCCCUGAUUCUAGCACAUCACGCUUAUAUUUCAUCGCAAAUUCAAGUAGAUCUCUACUUCUCGGUAAGCCAUGACACAAUCAUGCAAUUCAUCCAAAAAGCCCUCUCUAUGCUCGAAGACAAUAUCGCGUACAUCGGCACGGGGUUUACGUUUCAGUGGUAUAUCUCUGCUGCGUCGUCCUUCCUUCGAUCUCUUGUCCAGACCGAACGAGCAGCUAGCCUAAAACAAGAGGCGACAAACCAAGUUGUGAAACAGUAUUAUCGAGUACUUGCAAGCCAAGAAACGUUUUCUCGGGCAAAGGAAAGGACUUGCCCUUUUCAUUUCCAGCAGUCAAACAUGAUGGGUACUCCGCCAGACCUACCUGGUGUUAUUACAAACCCCACAGAGAUGUCUUAUAUUGACAGUUUAUUUUCACAGUCGCAAUUGGACCCAUCAGAUGCACCGUUUAGUCAAUAUUUCUUUGGUGACCCCGCCGCAUGGACAUUUGACAAUCUAUGGGGAGUUGAGUGAAUCAAGAAAUGACAAAAAAUGUAUUAGGGAUGAAUAUACUGCGUGUUUCACAAUCGAUCAGAUGAAUCAAUGUCUGGGACUCAUCUCGAAGCUAGUUUUACUGAAGUACCAUUCCCUCAGACGAUAACAUCAAGCGAAAAGCAAAUCUCGUCAAUAAUAAUGCUGCUGCUCGAC